UCCAGUCAGGAGUCGCUUUCUCUCAUCCCCUCCGCGCUCUGGUCUUCGGUGUUAAAACUUUCCUUAAAGGAGACGGAUCUUUCAGCAUCCUAGUAAACAAAUGAACCAACAGUUAUUGUUUUGCCUGGAACUUUGAGAAGGAUUUACUGUCAUCCAGUUUCCUGUUUUGGUGCAGGACGCGUCCCGUUUCGCACCGGACCAAAAUGGACCGCAGAACGUGUCCGGAUCGUCCGCACUGGUCCUCUGGCGCUGUGUGCGGGACACACUGAAAAGAAAUCCAGACUGGAGGUGGACUGUACCUACACUCACUGCCCGUUCUCUUUCCUCCUCUAGUUUAUGGCUGCGGGCUUUAAUGCCUCCGCUCAGAAGAUAUAGCCCAAAUCAGAAGCGGAGAAUUAUUCCUCAACCCGAAGAGAGGACAUGGACAUACCGUAGCCAGCGCUCACAGAUGAAAAGCAGGAUGUAGCUAUAAAAAGAGGGACAUCACAAACUGCAGGGACGCGGAAAGAACAAUCGAAUGUCUUCACGGACAAGAAGCACACGUCAGAAGUUGAGGUUCAGGUCUUAAGAAGAUCCAAACAACACUUAUGUGAAUGUAACAAAGCACUGAGGCAGCUCAACAAAGCGGGCUUGUUCUACAUGAAGAUCAAAUCAACAUUCGGCAAGGACAGAUGGAUGAUACUUAUCCCUCACUCCGGAGGUGUGGAGUGACAGAUGACAAAGGCAUUGACACGGUGGGAGAGAGAGAAAAAGAGAGAGGUAAUGUCGGAAAGGGUUCCUGCCGCCCGUAAUGGAAAACAACUGCAAAGGUCAGACAUCGAUUGGGAGGCUAGAAGAAAUCAACCUGAUCAUCAACUCUGACCUGAAAGACGUAACUUGCAACACCUUGGAUACCACAGACCACAGCAGCAAGAUUUACAACUGAAUGCAGAUGAUAAAACUGAAAUCUCAUCCACAAACUAACUAGCAAAGAUCUGGCACACAGCAGACAGCAGCCAUGGAUAUUAGUAAACCAAUCUUCAGCAACUUAGAAACUGUUAGACUCUCAUUCACAUUAAGAGGUGGAUUUGACUGAUCCACCACAAAGCAACACGGGACAUUUUGGCUCAGCAUACACCUUGAGAACGUGUCGCCAAUGAUGAAUUGGCAGGAAAUGGGAGAUUCAAAGCUCAGGGAACAAUCUGAGGCUGUUUGCAGCUAGCAAGACUAUUGGAAUACAAUAUAAAAUCAAAAACACUUUUAGCCUGGUCCUCCCAAUCCCCUCUUCCCUGUCACUCCCCGUCCCUGAAGUUGCUUCCUUACUGUUUUCCUUACUUCCCCUAGAUCCUUAUUAAUGGUGUUCUGUUGGUAUUAACCAUUCAUUUACACACUUCAAAACUCUUUAAAUAAGUCUUGAUCAAUGCUGAGCACAUCUCUUUUUUCACCUUCUUCUUCCUGCUGGUGAAGAAGGUGAAUUAAAAUCAGGGGAGGCCUCUUUCAACCACCAAUAGGGUAAGGGUCUCAUUUUGGGAUGGGCGGCCCGGCAAGGGCUCUUCUUGGCGGGUUCAGCACCACCACUUCUUCCCUGGAGGUUGGAGGUCAGAUGGCUUGGCCAAGCAACAACCCCCUGGACCUCAACCAAACCCUGUCAUGGGGGAUCGGGCUUGGAGGCAGCGGUGGAGGUGCGGCAGCCAUGAGUGCAGGUCUGGACAAUUUCACCCAGGAGUCUGUCACCAGGACAGUGAUGAAAGAGAAGAACUGGCCGGCGCUGCUCAUACUUGUCAUCAUCGCACUGACAAUUGGUGGCAACAUCCUUGUGAUCCUGGCAGUGUCGCUGGAGAAGAAGCUCCAAAACGCCACCAACUUCUUCCUAAGGUCGCUGGCCGUGGCGGACAUGCUCGUAGGCAUCCUAGUCAUGCCGGUCUCCCUCAUCAACAUCCUCUAUGACUACGCCUGGCCUCUCCCCAGCGCCCUGUGUCCCAUCUGGAUCUACCUGGACGUGCUGUUCUCCACCGCCUCCAUCAUGCACCUGUGUGCUAUCUCCCUGGACCGAUACGUCGCCAUCCGCAACCCCAUCGAGCACAGCCGCUUCAACUCCAGAACCAAAGCCAUGAUGAAGAUCGCUGCUGUCUGGACCAUAUCUAUAGGUGUGUCGAUGCCUAUCCCAGUGAUCGGCCUCCACAACGAGGACAAGGUGUUCGUCAACGGCAGCUGUGUCCUCAACGAGGAGCGCUUCAUGCUGAUUGGCUCCUUCGUGGCCUUCUUCAUCCCACUGGUCAUCAUGGUGGUGACGUACUGCCUCACCAUACAGGUCCUCCAGAGGCAGGCCACUGUCUUCCUGUGCGAGGCAAAGACGUCCUCCCAGCAGCCAUUGCACACACCAGCAAUGACAAAUACAUUGCAGCCUCCACCCAGCACCUUCCACAUCCCCCAGAUCAACACACUUGCUGCUUCAGACUCACAGGAGUUAAAGACCCCGCUCCCUCAGAGCAGAAGAAACACCUUGAGCUGUCUGAAAGGAGCCGAGCCCGGCAUGCUGCUCAGCACCUCCAAGUCAGAUAGCAUAAGCAUCAUUCCCAGCUCGGAGGUGGCGUCUCAGCUCAGCUCGCCAGCAGCGGGACCGGGGCGGAGCGACACGUCGGGUUGUCACGGGCGACGGGGGAUGAUGCAGGCCAUAAAGAACGAGAGGCGGGCCUCCAAGUUUCUUUGCUUAUUUUCCCCUGUCUUGUUCAUUUCUUCUCUUUUGUUCCGUUUACCUCUUUUUACUUUAUGUUCUCUCCUCUCCUCUCGCUCUCCUAAGGUCCUGGGAAUCGUCUUCUUCCUCUUCCUCAUCAUGUGGUGUCCCUUCUUCAUCACCAAUGUCACCUUCGUCCUGUGCCGAGGCUCCUGCAACGAGUCGCUGCUCAACGACCUCCUCAACGUCUUCGUCUGGGUGGGCUACAUCUCCUCCGGGGUCAACCCUCUGGUCUACACGCUCUUCAAUAAGACCUACAGGAGAGCGUUCUCCAGCUACAUCAGGUGCCAGUACAAAGUGGGGGCCAACGCAGCCGGACAGAGUUGCAAAACCCUCCUGGUUCCCCCGCCGUGCUCGUCGCACGCCGUGACCCCUCUGCUGAUGGGCAGUCAUGGGAAAGCGGGCAUGGACCGCAAUAGUAACUGUCACAACGGCGGUAGGGGGGACAACGGGAGGCUGACGGUGGACCCGGAUGACAUGACAGAUGACGAAACACAAAUCGGAAUAGUGUCGCACAGCCUCUCCGAAUGCCACAACAUCGACAUGCUUUCGGAAACGGAGCCGGAAACGGAGGUGAAGCAGGAGCUGUCACUCAUCAGCUACAGCCCCACCUCCAGAGAACACACCAGCAGUGUGUGAUUGCGUGUUUUUUUUGUUGUUUAAUGUCUUCUUUUUUUUUUAACCUGCAGACGCUGGUGCCGAGCGACGUUUCGACAAGCUGGUGCUGGAAGCCUACAGCUUUUUUUAUUGGCUGUUAACCUGCAGUAGGUCCUUUUUAUUGCGAAAGGACUAAUCUCGGUUUGAGGAGCCUUAUCCCCAGCCUGGAGUGCAUUACUUAGAAAUGUAUGAGCUAAAUCAGAUUACGAGAGAGCCUCUGAGAUGAAAAGGUUUUGGAACGAAAGACAAUAUUUGUUUUCUAUUUGGUGUCCAAAUGUUGGUUUUUCAUUACACAAAGGGAGGAUGAACGCUGUGCUCUGCAGUCAGUGUGUUGUACUUCAUGGGGACUAAGGUACCAGCUGAGAUCCAGACAGGGUCGGAGUGCAUGUGAUAAGAGGGCAGUCAUUGAAGAGCUUCUUGUCAUUGUUGACCUGUUAUGAAGUCCUUCUGAUGCAGGUUACAGAGUCAAGCGCCGACCGCUGACGUCGACGGGGUCAAACGACGACUUCACGCCUUCACACGAGUCCAAAUGCAGUCCGAGUCUCUGGUUUAUGUGGAUUCUCUCCACACCGAGCAAGCUAAACCAAAUCUAUUUUUGUGCCGGUCAAGCUUAACAGUGACAGUCAUACAAAUGUACCUGAAUGAACCUUUCCAGCACGUAUAAUCAAACUAUUCAGCCGACAGAAAAGGGAUUUCUCUCGAAAAGGGAACUCACUCGAGGCUGCAGUCAAAGUUUGUCUGAGAGCACCAAGAUGAAGGAAUGUACCACGACCACUGGUGGACUCACAGUGCCAUCUGGUGGUCGCUCCACACAAGAGAGGUCACUUCCCUUGGAUUGAACAAGGGGCUAAAAGAGCUAAAAUCAUGGCGCAGGCCUUUGGUCUAACACAGCUGUCAGGCUCUUGCUUCUGAUGACCAACACAACCACUUAGGAAAGAGUUUAAGUCCCAACUUCUAAAGGUUUUUACUGACAACAAUCAAUAAAGUUUCAAAUAAAAGGGAGCAAUCUAAAAGUAAAAAUGUGAAAGUUUUAAUAUAAGCGUGCACACAAAGGUUUCUCAGAUGUCAUUCUUAAAAGGAACAAAAUAUAUAGAUUUUAUGAGCACAUCAUUACUAUCAUUUCUAUUAUAAAUUAGCCAUCAUUAUCACUGAUUCGCCAUCAUAAAAAUAAUAUAAAACCUCCCCAGCCGUUAUCAAAUCACACUUACCUUUAUUUUCACAAACCCAUGGAAUUUUGGAUGGAUCAGCAAUCUAAUUAAUCCAGGAAAUCUCUAUGUCUAUAUUUCCCACAUCUAAUGAUGCAAAUUCAGCAUAUGCAUCUUUGAGUUUGGUGUCCUACAGGUCAACAAUCAGCCACCUGCUUAAUAUACAUAUCAUAUAUUAUCAGAUUACAUAUCAGAAUGUUCACAUCAGCUGCGGGCAGAAAUCUGGGCUGUUUGAGAUUCACAACAUCAUCUCUGAGGGACACGUUCUUAAAUGAACAAGACGUUCUCUGUCAUUUACUUUUUAGAAAAUGAAUGAUUUUUAUUCAACCAUUAGAUCAGUAAUUUUCUCUCCAAAGACCCCUCAGCCAAAAUUUGCUAAGACAGUACAGUGAAAGCCAAAGAGAACAGAACGUUUAAGCAAUAAGAUUUGGAUUAAAAUAAGAUCCAUCAGAGCCCUAUGUGACAUGUAUGCUCUAACGAUGGGUUUUAGGAUGAAAAGCUUGCCAACAUCUCCAAGAAUUGCAGUUUUGACCCCUAACUUGAUGGUUACGAACUUUCUGAUCUCUGACUGCUUUACAAUACGUUGGGCCUGAGUCAACAGUGUGACUCCAAGACCAAAUAGCUUUAGAUUUCAUCCGUCGCAUAAAACGGACAGAAAGUCAAUACACUAAGAGACAGGCCCCCUGAGUUUAUCAAGACAGGUCACUAACCCUCACAGCUCUGUCACGCUGAUUUUCUCGCCCUCCCUCCUCCCACAUUUUAUCGACAUCUGACAGGCGCCAGGGUUCCCUCCACACUGCAUCUCCAUUAGCUGAAAUAUCUGCAGUGUACUGCCUUAAAAAUAAAUAAAAAAUUCAACGUUGUGUGGAUUUUAAAGGUGGCAAAUUUAGAUUUCUUAGCAACAAGAGAAGAUAUAGAAGAUAUAACCUGAAACUCAUAUGCAUAUAGAUUGGCUUUGUAGAUUUAGUUCAAUAGAGCUAAAUGGUGUGUGUGAAAUGCAGUGAGAAAACGUUUUAAGAGAUCACUUAAAGGGGCCCUCCAACAGUAUUACACGUCAGGUUCAUUUUACUUGUCUAACGUCUAAUGUUUGUAAAAAAUAACCCUGAUGAUGUCAUAGUGACCUCGGUAUUUCAGUCUUGCACUUGAGACUAACAUAUUUUAACAGAAACUCUUUAAAACUGGAGGGUGUGGAAGAUGUGGGUAAUUAGGGGGUCCAAUGAAAGAUGCUAUUGAGUUGCAUUUUGGGAAUUGUUGUGUUUUUGGAGAUUGAGACUAAAAGUCAAGAUAUCUUAGUCUCAGCUGCUUCGAUUUUGACCAAUCUUUGUUUAAUUUGUCUCUUUUAAUUCUCUUAACGUAAUGGAAGUGCAAUACUAAAUUGCUGGGAUACCCCUUUAAAUGCAAAACAUACUGAUUGACACAGUUAAUUAAGUUUUCCUUCCAGCCUAGCUUUUGUCUUAUCAAAAGUAGAUGUUAGUAGUCACUUUCCCCAGUGAACAAUCAUUCAUUUUGGUAAUACUCCCUACAGCCAUGAACAGCUAAAAUUACAAAGGAAAAAAAUCUUUUUUUUACCCAUAAUCCCCCCUUUAAGGUCAAAGAGCCAAUUGAGAGCCUGAGGUCAGCAGCCACCUCUGCAUGCAAUUAGAAUGCAACAUAAGUCCUGGGAGUCACUUCAUUCUAAUUCUGUGCAUCUCUGUAUAACUCAUCCACUAUUUGUAUGCUACAGACUUACGCAGUGGUCAUUCGCACCACUUUUCUAUCCACAAGGAGAGGUCUAAAUGAGCUAAUGUUGGCAAGCCGGCAACCAAUGUUUGGCCUACAAAUAUCGUGCAUGUUUGAAGUGAUGUUCAAAAGGUCCUCUCUGCUUCCCUCAGUUUUUAUUUUGUUCUCUCUUUAAUACUCGAAAAGGAAUGAAGCGGCGCAGGAAGGAAAGAAAGAAUAAACAAAGUGCAAUCAACAAAAUGCACAUUGCAAACAGCUUGCAAAUCCUGCAGGCAUUUUAUCUUAAUCAAAAUGCAAAAUAUCAACAAUACAAACAUAAACAAGGUAAAAAAACUGAGAAAAAAUGAGGAAGAGAGGACUCUCUGACCUAAGUUGGAUGGGUUGUGUUUGAUCCAUCCAGGUGAGAGCAAGCAAAGAGCUCCAGUCAGGCCAGCCAACUCAGUAUGUCGCAAUGUAAUAACUGUACGUUUCCCGUGUACCUGUGUGUGUACCAGGCCUGGCUCAAAUUGCUAUCUGAGAUUGAUUCAGUAACUUUUCUGUGUUUUUAUUACUCGUGUCUGGCGCAAUUGAUUGAAUCGUGUUGUCCCUGUAGAUGCCAAUCCUAUCCGGCUCGUGGUCCAGAUGGAUGAAAGCAAUCACUCAGAGAAAGUAUCUGGAGGGGUUUCAACUAAUAAUUCGAUCCAGGUCUGGUGUGUAUAGAAAAAGUUGGAGCCGUUUAGUGACAAAGUUUCAUAUUUAUAGAUUUGAGGAGGGCUGAUUUGGGCUUUUUCCCUUUCCAGGACUAUUUUCUUGUUUCCAGGAAGCACUGGUUCGAGCAAAAACUGCUUCAGAAUAUUAUACAGUGAAAUUGAAAAUGGUCUGACUCUAUGAGUGAGAUCUUUCAUGCUCAAACAAUCAGAGCAUAUGUACAAGCUUGAAGGAAAAAUCCACCCAGUCAUUCUUCAGCACAAUAUUGAAAAUUCAGAAAGUGGUUGUUUAAUGUGAAGCUGGAGCCAGGAGACGGUUAGCCUAGCUUAGCAUAAACACUGGAAGCAGGGGAAAAAAGCUAGCCUGGCUCUGUCCAAAGUUAAACUAACUUAUAAAAGCGUUAUAUCUUAUUUGUUCAGUCCGCACAAAAACCGAGAAGUUGUGGUUUUGUGCUGGAACUAUUUCUUGGCUGGGAGCAGUGAUUUCUACCAUAUCACCCUCCAUAAAAGCACAACUUGUCACUUUUACACUAUGGUUUUUGUACGAAUAAAAUGAGAUAUAACAUGUUAGAUAGUGAGCUUUUGGAGGUGCUGGUAGGCACAAUUUUUUUACGUUUGGACAGAGCCAGGGUUACUGAUUCCCCCCUUCACUGUUUUUAUGCUAAGUUAACCAUCUGCUCAUUAUUUACAUUUAUAUUUACACAGACAUGAGAGUGGUGUCGAUCUUCUCAUCUAACUCUCAGCGAGAAAGUGAAUAAUCCCGAAAUUCCAAACCAUUACUUUAAAUAUUUGUUACCUUUCUGUCAGUGGGAAAGGUAGUUAAAUUGAUAACGGACGUAGCAGGAAGUUUAAACUCACAAGAUGUUAAAGUUUUCAAAUCUUAAUGUAAGAAAAACCUCAACAUGCUGACUUUCAUAAUGCAUGGAAAGCAAACGUUUUGCUAUCCAAAUGAGGGGCCCUCAAGACACUAUUGUCCAAACUGCCUUUCAACCCUGCAGCUUCCAAAACCUCUGUCACUAAACGGCUCCGAGUAUAGCCAGAGCUGCAGGUUGUUCAAGAGUUUGGCAAACACAACUUGUCCAAUGCACCUUCCCUGCAUUAAACAUUGACUCUUGAACCCUGAGGUGUCGUUUGCAUUGACAUAGACCAGUUGUCUGGUUUGUCUCGCUCUUGUGUGAUCCGGCGCUCAUGGGUUAGCUAUCUUUUUAUGUUUUGAACCUCAUUCUGUUAUGCAGUGGCUGUUGUUGUUUUUUUUUUUAUACCAUUUUAAUUGUGAAUGUUUGUCUAUGAUACAUAUUGAGUUUAUACAAUGAUUAUGCCAUCAUCCACACAAUGUAUUUUUUUUUCUGUGUGAUGCUGCUAUUUAUUUAUUAAAAUAUUAUUCUAA